GUUGUCAAUAUCAUUUAUAUGUAUGGCUGUGAACUUCUAGCAAAUUCGCUGAUUCAUAUCAUUGUUGUACAUUUGUGUUGUACAUAAUAUCUUUUUCUACUUUUAAGAUAGGAUUAAAAUAGGAUUCUCUUAAGAUUAGAUAAGACCCAACACAAUUAUAAAAAGAAGCAUACGGAAAUACAACUUAAAUCGCAAUUAGACUUCCUAGAAAAUACAUAUACAUAAUAUUUAAUAAUUCGUACCAAAAUGAAUACAGAAGAAAUUAUUGAUUUCACGGAUAUAGAACCAGAUAUUCAAUCUCUAAUAAAGAAGAGUAUAGCUGCUCGUGAGUACUCUUAUUCACCCUAUAGUAAGUUUAAAGUCGGAGCUGGAGUGCUUUGUACCGAUGGGACCAUUUUCACAGGGUGCAAUGUAGAAAAUGCAUCUUAUCCUGUAGGAAUAUGUGCUGAAAGAACAGCUAUUGUUAAAGCAGUGUCAGAAGGGAAAAGAAAAUUUAAAGUCCUAGCAGUUGUAGCUAAUAAAGUGAACAAUAUUUUUACCACACCAUGUGGCUUUUGUAGACAAGCUACCGCAGAGUUUGGUGAUAUAUCAAUUUAUUUAGCAGAACCUCUAAUGAAGGAUGUGUUAAAAACUUCGCUAAGUAACCUAUUACCUUGUGCCUUUGGGUUGGGAAACGCAGAAACAUUACAAUAAAUUCUUAAUAAAAGAAGGCUAAACCACACACCAAUGUCUAAAACAUCAUUUAGUAUUUCUUUAAAAUCAUAGUUCAUUUUUAUAUCAAUUGAUAUACUAAGAUAUUGUUCUGUCCUAUAAUAAAAAUGUGCAAACAUUGUUGUGUACAUUGUAUAAACUUAUCAAUAACAAAGUUAGUAUAUGAACAGUAUGAUUAAACAAUUCAGAUAUCAGUUUCUAUACAAAUUUCAAUAAAUACAAAGACAAUCCUUAAGAAAAAAAUAUUGUUACUAUAAUCUUAUUCCUGAGUAGAUCUUUUCAUGUUUACAUAAAAAUUGAUUAUCAUAUGGUUUCUAAAGAGUGUUUUUUCUAAUGUACAUUGUACUUCAUAAGCAGGAAUAACAUGAGUAUUAUAUACAAUCAAUAUAAUAAUAUAGCUUAUAUAUGUACAAUAUGCUCUAAUGGUACGAUACUACAUAUAAUUAUUUCUUAAUAAUAAAAAAUGCAAAAACAGGAACGAGACUGCACAUCAUUCACAUUAAGGUCCUCAUCUACGAAAAUUCAUGUUUACCAGAAGGGACACCUGUAAAUUAAAUAUGAUUUCAUUAACAUAUAACAAUACAUUAUAUUAUAUAAUUAAUAAAUAAUUAUAAAAUUAUAUUUAAUAUUUAUAUGUAAUAUAUUGUAAAUAAAAUAAUAAAAAAAUACCA